AUGGAGCUAUCAGAGUUGAUCGAAGUAACACGGGUACGAGACGCAUUUAUGCGGAAAGGUCCGCGCCCGGCGCAAAUCGGAGAUAUCUGCAUUUUUGGUCACCAUCUAAUCUUCGCGCCCACAGCUGUCAGCAAAGAAGAACCCGACAACUCUCAGGAGUUCUGGCUGCUUCAUAAAGCCGUCGAUCGAGUGCUCUGUGAGCCGAUUUCCAAAGAAAAUCCUCAAAGAGGAGGACUUUUAGCAUUGAAGUGCAAAAAUUUUCUCAUGAUUAUUUUCGAAAUCGGAGACUUGGAAAUUUGUCGGGCGACUGCCAGAACAAUUGAAGCCCUUUCCAAUAUCAAUGGUUUUCUACACGAUUACGCAUUCUUCUACAACUCCCCAUUUACAAUUCUCGACAAUGGUUGGUCGGCCUUCGACCCUGAACAAGAAUUCGCUCGUUUGAUGCUCUCAACGGAUGCUUUCAGAAUUUCCAGCGUCAAUGAAAACUUCACAGUCUGUUCCAGUUAUCCGGAAAAAGUUAUUGUUUCUAAAGGUAUCGGAGACGAUUAUUUGAAAAUCUCGGCGACGUUCCGAGAAGCUUCUCGGUUUCCGGUUCUCAGUUAUUUCCACAAGGAGACCAAAUCUCCAAUCGUCAGAUGCUCGCAACCAUUGAUUGGACCAACAAAUCGACGGUGUCGAGAGGAUGAAACGAUAUUAAAUUCAUUGAUAACCAUUAAUAGAGGAUAUAUCAUUGACACAAGGUCCAAGUCAGCUGCAUCUGCUGCUAAGGCGAAAGGAGGCGGAGCUGAACCACAAGGGAACUACAGACAAUGGAGAUACAUACAGUGCCCCAUUCCACGUCAACGAGAAAUUCACGACGCGCUGACCCGAAUGGUGGACGUUUGUUCUGAACGGAAAGUAUCCUCGGAUCGAUGGGUCAACCGAGUUGGACAAGCCGGCUGGCUAUCCGCUGUUGCCGCAUCAUUAGAAGCUGGUGCAAAUGUCGCACAAUGUAUAUAUAGUGAAGGACUUAAAGAGGUUCCUGUGGUGAUUCAUGGAGGAGAGGGUAUCGAUUCCACGUUGAUCGCAUCGUCGUUAGCACAGAUUUUGUUAGAUUCCGAUGCGAGAACAAUCAGAGGCUUCGAGUCAGUUAUCGAGCGUGAAUGGAUCUGCGCUGGUCACCCAUUCAGUCUCCGAAACAACCAUUGCGCAUAUGCUGAGGGAACAGUUACAGGACCAUUCGAAGCUCCCGUGUUUCUGGUUUUCCUUGAUGCGGUAUAUCAAAUGAUUGCUCAAUAUCCAAUGUCAUUCGAAUUCGAUGAGAACUUUCUGAUUUUCCUCUUCGAACACGCAUACGCUUCGGAAUUCGGCUCAUUCCUUGGAAACUCUGAAAAAGAGAAACAGGAGAAUGGAAUUCGAAAAAAGACGGUGUCUCUGUGGUCGCAUGUACACCAUCCUGAGAAUAUGAAACAAUUUGUGAAUGUGUGUUAUGAUCCGACGUCAGGUGUUAUUUGGCCAAGCAUUGCACCACAGUGUAUUAAAAUCUGGGAUCGUCUAUUCUUCCGUUGGCAACGUCCAGAUAACAGCUGGUCGAAACCAGAAACAGAAACGAUUCAAAGUUUGGCUGAUCACUGGAAACUACGCGAAAAAGAACUGACUGCAAAGGCUUCAUCUCUUCGUAGAAGUGUGAUAGAACUAUCCAGAGAGCUUCGUGUCGCAUCGCCAUUAUAG